UUCACCAAUAGGAAAUUGACAAGAGUCUGCCGAACGAAGUGUUGCAGAAUGUUUGGAAAACUUUUGUUAUCGUGCUUUAUCCUUUUUAUAUUUCACCAGGACCAUGUUGACGCACAGAAGAAAAAGGAGACUCUCCUUUCAGAGAAGGUAACCCAGAUGAUGGAUUGGACCUCCAAGCGUUCAGUCAUUAAAAUGAAUGGGGAUAAAUUCCGCCGCUUUGUGAAGGCUCCCCCCAGAAAUUACUCAGUGAUCAUCAUGUUUACAGCACUGCAACCUCAGAGGCAGUGUGGGAUCUGCAGACAAGCCGAUGAAGAGUUUCAGGUGCUGGCUAACUCCUGGCGUUAUUCCUCUGCUUUUACAAACAAGGUCUUCUUUGCAUCUGUGGAUUUCGAUGAGGGAUCGGACGUUUUUCAGAUGCUCAAUAUGAACUCUGCUCCGACAUUCCUCCACUUCCCUGCCAAAGGAAAACCCCGCAAGUCUGAUACCCAUGAGCUCCAGGUCAAAGGGUUUGCAGCUGAGCAGCUGGCAAGAUGGGUAGCAGACAGGACUGGUGUGCAGAUACGAGUCAUUCGUCCUCCGAACUAUGCUGGGCCGCUCCUCCUUGGCUUCCUUCUGGCUGUUAUUGGAGGACUGGCAUAUCUACGGAGGAACAAUUUGGAGUUUCUCUUUAACAGCAAUGUCUGGGCCUUCUCUGCAUUGUGCUUUGUCCUGUUUAUGACCUCUGGCCAGAUGUGGAACCACAUCAGAGGACCACCAUAUGCACACAAGAACCCUAACACUGGCCAAAUUAGUUACAUCCACGGCAGCAGUCAGGCCCAGUUUGUGGCUGAGACUCAUAUCAUCUUACUUUUCAAUGCUGCUGUGACCAUGGGAAUAGUGCUGCUGUGUGAAGCUGCUCACUCUGACAUGGACAUUGGAAAAAGAAAGCUUAUGUGUGUCGCAGGGAUUGUUCUGGUGAUGCUAUUCUUCAGCUGGCUGUUGUCCAUUUUCAGAGCAAAGUAUCAGGGAUACCCGUAUAGCUUCCUGAUGAGUUAGAGCUGAUCAGCAUCCUCCUCCUGUUUUCAGCCAGGUUUAGCCUGGAGUACCCAAAGUGCCUCCAUCAUGCCAUCAUUAUUGUCACAUUGUUCUUCCUGGAAGACAUUAUUUGUCUUCUGAUCCGCUGAGCCAAACCUUUACACAUCAUGCUCUGCAAAGACCUAAAAGUAUUCUAGCAGGACAACAAAGAUGCAGUUAUCGCUUGAUUGUGUACGUUGUCUUUUCCUGGGAAAGCGACACAGAAGCAGUUUGGUACAAAAAUUAGGCCUAGAAAACUGAGGCUAUUUUAAUUUACAAAAGCUAUAUCAAAGUUUAAAAAACAGACUGUUGGAAGUACAACAGAAGUAAUAAUGUGCAGUUUAUGAAACCUGAUGAUUGUUUGAAAACUAGGGUUGCCAAAUGACAUAAAUAUGAACUUAGUUCACUGAUUAAUCUUCACAGAUGAUGAACACAAUAGUCGCUGUUUGAUACUUGUGAGCGGUGUGGUAAAAUGAUGCCCUGUGGACGUGUCAUAAGAUCAUCGACAAAUUCAUUUACAAUACAGACUUACACACUAUAAACCCACCAGCUUUCAGCAGUGCAGGAACCUUUAAAGCAGGGGUGCCCAAAGUGUUUUCGAGGGGGCCAUUUGCAGCCUGCGGCUUUUUUUUUUUUUAUUGGCCCGCAGCACAUUCUAAAAGUUAACAAGAAAACAGCUGCAAAAAUUGAAAAAUCAGAAGUACAUUUAUAAGAAUAAAGUCAGAAUACGUACAAAAAAAGUUUUAUAAUAUUAGGAAAAAUGUCAUUUUUGUAGCAUAAAGUUGAAAUAUUAAAAACAUUAUUUUUUUAAGUGUGAUAAUACUAUGAGAGUAAAGUAAAAAAUCUGGGAAUAAAGUCAUAAUUACGGGAAGAAAAUUUAAAAGAAGUUGAAAUAGUUGGAAAAAUAAAAAAAUAGAAAUAGAAAGCUGUAUUUUGUGAGAAUAACGUCACAUAUUAAGAGAAAAAAGUUUUAUUCCAAAAGAAGUAGUCACCGUUUUAUGAACAUGAACUCUGAAUUUUAGGGGAGGAAAUGUCAUUUUAGUAGCAUAGAGUUGAAAUAAUAAAGAAAAAAAAUUAUAAAAAGUCAUAAUGUGAGGAAAAAACAAAAUAGUCAUUUUUGGAAAAUUAGGAUGGGGAAAAAAGUGAGGGAAGCAAAGAGUGCAGUUGAUAGGCUUUUUUACCUAUACAACAAAGCUGAGAAACUUGUUUUUUCUUGAAAUAUAUAUAACUUCUUAGGAUGUGUCUCUCACUGGAAAACGUUUGGACACCCCUGCUUUAAAGAGUCAGCCGGCAAAUGAAGCAGUUACAUAUAUGAUCACAUUUGAAAGGAAAUAUAAGAACUGUCUAAUCUCUAAUGUAAUGUUAAUGUAAUGUUAACGCUGGUUUCAAUGUGUGUGUGUGUGUGUGUGUGUGUGUGUGUGUGAGAGAGAAUAGGUUUUGCUAGAAAACUUUAACGUGUCUCAUACUGUAUAUGUAAAAAUUAUUUUACUCGAGACGGCAACAAUUCAGUGCUCAGGGUUUUUUUUUUUUGUCUUUUAGAUUACCACAUAAAAUAGAGAAAAACAUGUACAGCGCACAUUCAGUAACUAUGCAGUUUAUUGUGGCAGGGAAACUAUAUACAACUGUAGGUAUUAAAGCAAUUUGAAAUCUGAAA